AACAAAUAGCAACAACCGCCACAAAGCAAAGAAUAGAAAGUGGUACUUAAACAAUUGGAUUUAGAGCACAUUUGAACGGCACAAAACAAUGCUCGGAGCCAAAGUCCCUCCACGCCUCAUUACCCGCCGAAACCCCUUUUCAAAAACCCCAACACGACUCAAUCCCCCCAACCCAAACCAAUCCCCCCUUCUCUUCGAAAAUCUCUUACACCUCUUGAAACAAUGUGCCUCCACCAAACAGUUGAAGCAAAUCCACACCCAAAUGCUCAUAAACUCCGUCGACAAACCCAACUUCCUCCUCCCCAGAAUCAUUGACCUCAAAGACUUCACUUAUGCCUCCCUCCUCUUCUCCCACAUCCCCGAACCCAACGACUACGCCUUCAACGUCAUGAUCCGCGGCCUGACCACCACAUGGCAGAAAUAUCAGCUUACUAUUGAAUUCUAUUACCAAAUGAAGUCUUUGUAUUUGAUGCCCAAUAAUUUUACUUACCCGUUUGUGUUCAUCGCGUGUGCGAACUUGUUGGAGUUGAAUCAUGGGCGUGCAGCGCAUUCGUCGGUGUUUAGGACUGGGUUGGAUAAGGAUGGACAUGUGAGUCACUCGUUGAUUACUAUGUAUGCAAGGUGUGGUGAGUUGGGUUUCGCACGGAAAGUGUUUGACGAAAUUUCUGAGAGGGACUUGGUUUCGUGGAAUUCAAUGAUUUCUGGGUAUUGCAAGAUGGGCUGUGCUGGGGAAGCUGUGCGGUUGUUUUGCGAAAUGAGGACUGAUGGGUUUGAGCCAGACGAAAGGACCUUGGUAACAGUUCUUGGGGCGUGCGGGGACCUGGGUGAUUUGAGUUUGGGUAAGUGGGUGGAGGGUUUUGUAAUUGAGAAUAAGUUGGAGAUGAAUACAUAUGUGGGGUCUGCGUUGAUUGGUAUGUAUGGAAAGUGUGGUGAUUUGUCUUCAGCGAGGAGGGUCUUUGACAGCAUGAAGAAAAAGGAUCGGAUAACCUGGAAUGCCAUGAUUUCAGGGUAUGCACAAAAUGGAAUGUCUGAUGAGGCAAUGGUGCUCUUUGAUGGUAUGAAAGAGGCAGGUGUCAAUCCUGAUAAAAUCACGUUGGUGGGAGUGCUGUCUGCAUGCGCCUCAAUUGGUGCCCUAGAAUUGGGGAAAUGGAUUGACACAUAUGCAACUGAACGAGGCUUACAACAUGACAUUUACGUUGGUACUGCAUUGAUUGACAUGUAUGCUAAGUGUGGGAGCUUAGCCACUGCUCUAAGAGUUUUUGAAGACAUGCCCCAGAAAAAUGAGGUUUCUUGGAAUGCCAUGAUAUCUGCCCUUGCUUUCCAUGGGAGAGCACAUGAAGCAAUAUCCCUAUUCAAGCGCAUGACAGAAGGUUGUGCAUCUGUUCGGCCAAAUGACAUCACAUUUGUAGGAUUACUUUCUGCAUGUGUUCAUGCUGGAUUAGUCGACAAGGGUCGUCAGUUGUUUAAUUUGAUGAGCUCGUCAUUUGGGCUUGUUCCAAAAAUAGAGCAUUACUCUUGCAUGGUUGACCUGUUGUCGCGUGCAGGACUUGUACAUGAAGUUUGGGACUUCAUUCAGAAAAUGCCUGAAAAACCAGAUCAAGUUGUACUGGGGGCGUUGCUUGGUGCCUGUAGGAAGUGUAAAAAUGUAGAUGUCUCCGAGCAGGUGUUGCAGUUGCUUCUUGAAUUAGAGCCUGCAAAUUCUGGAAACUAUGUUAUCUCAUCAAAGAUAUAUGCAAAUUUAGAAAUGUGGGAUGAUUCAGCUAGGAUGAGAAUGUUGAUGAGACAAAGAGGUGUCAGUAAGACUCCUGGUUGUAGCUGGAUUGGGAAUGAGGAUCAACUUCAUGAGUUUCACUCGGGUGAAGGCUCAACAGAGAUUCUCGAUGUAAUUAAAUUACUAUAUGAGGAUCUGAAGAUUGAAGGUUACAUUCCAAACAUUAAUUCUGUCUAGAGAAACGAGGAUGACGCCCUGCUAUGCAUCUGGAUCUUAUCAACAAAGCGACAUGUUUAUAAUAUUGUGAUGCCAGGUUGGUGAAUUAAAUGUGCAUAUUCAGAGAAAUGGAUAUGACUGUAGCCAUGGAAGAAGAAAUUAAACUAAAUUGCCAUUGGAUUGAACUUCAAAGGUCCAAAGGUUACCCUCACUGCUGCUGAUUUAAAAGGCCGCGACUGGACGUAAUGGUCCUUGUUGGCAGAAAUCAGCAAUUGAUUGACUAGGAUUUACAUUUCAUUGUCCUGCAACAAUUGUACAUAGCUCUCCCUACGUCUUCUCUUCCUUCAUUUCUUUGUGUGUUGUUUUCCUGCUUUACUUUUUACAUAUAUGGCUCCAUAAUUCUCUGGUGA